AUGUUCACUCGCCUCUUCUUCUCUUUUGCACUUUUCGCAUUGGCUCACUCGCAGACUUGCGACAUCUCCGCUUCUGAAGGACCAUGCUUCGGCGUGGGAACAUGUCAAACACAAGUUUGUGAUUUGGAUGCAGGAUUUUGCUGUCCUAUAACCACCGUCCCCGCUGUCACCACCACCGUCGUGCCAACCACAGUCGACGCCGACGGAUCCACCGUAACCGUCACCUCCACGUCGACCGCCGCCUCAGCUACCGUAACCUCCACGACCACUUGUGUCGACCGUCUUAACCCGUUGACGGGUGUCUCUGACUGUCCAGCACGUGCCGCCCUUUGCAACGACGCCACCUACUACGCCGUCAUGACCCAACAGUGUCCAAGAACGUGCGGACGGUGCUCUACCACCUCGACGAGCACUUCAUGCGUCGAUCGUGUCAACCCAUCCACUGGAGUGUCCGACUGUCCAGCUCGUGCCGCUUUGUGCAAUGAUUCCACCUAUUACGCUGUCAUGACCGCUCAGUGCCCAAGAACUUGCGGUAGAUGCAACACCACUUCGUCUACUACCACUUCUACUAGCACAACCUGUGCUGACCGUUCUAACCCUCUCACGGGUACCUCGGACUGUCCAGCCCGUGCCGCUCUCUGCAAUAACGCGGUCUAUUACAAUAUUAUGACUGUGCAGUGUCCAGUGACGUGCGGCAGGUGUAAUACCACCGCCACGUCGACUACCACCUGCGCCGACCGUGUCAACCCAACAACCGGAGUGUCCGACUGUGCCGCCCGUGCUGCUCUCUGCACCAACUCUGUCUACUACGACUUAAUGACCGUCCAGUGCCCAAGAACUUGUGGAAGAUGUACCUCCAGCUCCACCGUCACCGCUACCGGCACCUCAUCCACCACUGUCUCUUCUACUUGCGUCGAUCAAGUCAACGCCGCCACCGGCACCUCGGACUGUCCAAACCGUCGCGCCUUCUGCACCAACGCCGCCUACUUGAGCCUUAUGCGCACCCAGUGCCCACUCACAUGCGGAUUCUGCACUGCUGGAUAA